GGCUCUCGGGCUGGCGUGUGUCGGCCGGCGCCCCACCGACUCCACGCCGCGCGCUCGCCAUUGCCAGGGCCCCGGUGGAGAGGCCGGGCCCGGGCCCCCCCGGCCGCCCUCGGCAGCUGGCAGCUCAGCCCCGACUCUGACCGUUCGGCCGCCGAGCCCUCGAGGGCCGCCACACAGACCGGGGUCACGAGGGCGCUUAUCCGGUCUCCGGCCUCCAGAGGCUAAGAGGAGGCCGGCGGACGUAACCGUGGAUCCGCGACGCCCUUGCCUCACCCCACGGGAGGGGGGACGGGGCGUCCUUGCCCCGCAACGUAGAAAACCAUCCGGUCGGGCUCAGCCAACCUUGAGGAAACACGGGGAAACAUCGAAAAACCAUCGCUUAAACCUGAGCCCGGCUGGAGAAACGCCCCCCCCCCGGCCCCCAGCGGGCGCAAAUUCAGAAAAAGGGCGACUUCUAGUCCACUGGCAGCUCGUUCAUGUGUCCCAAGCCUCCUGGGGGCCCCGAAGCCACGGAGACCAGCCCGAGAGCAGUAGACGUUCUCAGAAACGCAGACGCUUGACCUGACUCUGCCUCCCCUGAGCCGCCCUGAACUGAGCCAGGAUGAGCAAAGUUCUGCUCCUGGGUUUGUCCCUGCUGCUGUGCGGUGCCCUGGCUCAAGGCCUCAUUUGCAGGGUCUGCAAGUUCCAGGUGGGCGCUCUCUGCUUCCACUCCCGCAGCCCCUGCACGCCAGAGAAAGGCCAAGUCUGUGAGACCACCAAGGCCUACAUUGGCAAGGUCCUGCUGUUCUCCAAGUAUGGCUGCAGCCAGACCCGCCAGAUCUGCAACAUGACGGAGCAGAAGGACGCCAUCUUCGAGGUCAGCUACAACCGGACCUGCUGUGAGACGAACCUAUGCAAUGCUGCUGGCCCCACCCGGGCAGCCGGGCUUCCCCUGCUCUCUGGGCUGGGAGCCCUGCUGGGGUGGUGGCUGCUGAAAUAACCCCUGGCUCGCCUCUUCCCAGCCCUAGCCUCCACGCCCUUUCUGCUACACACUUUUCCCUCCCGGGUCCGCCUCGCCACACUCUUCAUUAGCAGGCUCCACUCCACCCCCUCAAGUUGCUUUUCCUGUGGUCUUCCACCAAGCCUUAUUGCCUUCUCCCUGGUUUUCUCCAUCCCAUAAGUAGCAGCCUCCUCUCUCCUCCCGUGUCCUCUGUAGGUCCACCACAGCCUAGGAAGGGGACCAGGGAAAGCCGGCUACUACAGACAGGAUGGGGGGGGGGGGAUACCUCAGCACUCCCUGAAUCUGCCACCUGCCUUCUGAAGGGUUUCAAGACCCUCCCCGACCCCCCGAGAAUCUAAUCUCAUCUUCUGGCUUGUGUCUCGAAGGGGUGAAGUGAUGACCGACCCUGAGCUAAAGCAGAGAGACACUUGCUAUUUUAGACACAAUGCUGGAGGGGAGUCUUCUCCCUGGAAGCCUCUGCGAACCCUAGCUCAGGACGGCAGGUCUGAAUACCCCAUCGUCCCAUGGGCAGGAAACCAUCCUCAGCUUUUCUACCGAGGCUGGUGGGACAAAACUAGCCCCCGUGGCCCUAAGGUUGAGUUGGAGGCAGCUGUACCCCCAAAUCUCUCUUGCUCACCCACAAUUCUCCUGAAGGCAUGCCCCCCAAGCUACGAAGCAUAGGCAGCUCCUCCGCCACGCCCCACCCCCAGUGGAGAACAAAGGUCCCGGAUCUUUGUCCCAGACACUAGACAGUGGGUUGGUUUGGGGUCUUCUGUAUCUCAAGACCUGUGGAAAGCCGAUGGAUAAUUGAGUCCUUUAGGCCUGAACAGAGGUUGAAACUGUGGACCCUAGGAGAUCCACACAGCUUGUUCCCAUUGGGAACAGCCGCCCUAAAUCUCCAGUGGAGACCAGGUGGCCUUCGCAUCAUCGCCUUAGAUGCGGAUGGCUUGUGAGCCCUCCCGGGGCAUGCCGGUGAGAUGGCAAAGCUGGAGAAGGAUAAAGGUUGGGUACAGAGGCAUAAACCCACCGGGUCCUUUCUGGUGUGUUCAUUAUAACCAUCCUCGCGUCUCCGGGACCGAACCAGCUCGCUGUGGCAUCUGUUCAGAAAGCGUCGCUUCCCUCGAAGUCUGGGUGUUUUUUUAAUACUUUGUAUGUACAGUGACCGGAUUAAUAAUAAUAAUAAAAAAUGGCUUCCUGGU